UUAUGCCCAUUCAACAACUAGGACACAGAGGUCAGGGGGACAUUCCUGUGGCCCCAGGUGUCCAUCUCUGUCUGGCUUGACCAUGCCCUGCUGAGGAUGAGGCCAGGGCCAGAGAUAGUGAGGUGGCCAGGGAAGGGGGAAAGGGCCGAGGGCAGCCCAGAGUGGUGAUUCCACUUGUUCGCAAGACCAUGGCUCCCUGCUCCAUCCACCAUUCCACGGAUCUGCUGCCACUGCCUCUGAAUGCUGCUGCUGCUGCUGCUGCUGCUGCUGCUGCUGCUUCCACUUCCUGGCCUCAGCCUGCACCAGCACAGCGCAGUUCUGGACACCGGCAUGGCCACUCCCAUUUUACUGAAGGACACCAGCCCAGGGUCACACAGCUGGAAGCUGGGACUGAAAGAGCGGGAGCAGGUGGAAGGGGAGAAGCAGCUGUCAGCCGCAGAGGAGACACUGAAAUUAGCUGCAGAAGAGCUAUGGAACUACAAGGCUUGUGAGCUGGAGAAGGUGAUGGCAGAGCAGAGCAGGGAGGUUGCCUACUUGAAAUGCAGACUGGAAGUCAUCCACAAACAGAGGCUUCCAGAGGAAUCCAGGAGGCACAAACCAAUGGCAGCAGGACCUGACAGAGAGAUACCUCCAUGGAGAGGCUAUCGGCCACCCACCCCUUCUGCACCCUGGUGGCCUCUGGGACCUUACCCUCUACCUCCACCUCCACCAUUUGAGCCUUUAGCCAAUCCAGAAGCUGGUGUCGCUCCCAUAAGUCACAACAAGCACUUUACCAAAAAUGCUGAAAAGGACAAGGGCAGCGUGGAUCCAUGGGGACCUCCUCUGUUAACUGGAAGAUUCUGCACACCCUACCCUAGAGGUCCCCCCAUGGGCUCUAGGGCAUGUCCACCUCCUGAACCUUGGUGGCCCUGGGGACCACCCCGGACCUCUCUACCUACAGCGUGUGGGCCUUUUGCAGAUCCCGAAGUUGCUCCUGUGAGUGAGAACAACACAGACUCUACCAAAAGGGCCAAGAAGGAUAAGGCCAUUAUGUAUGCAAGAGGGCCUGGUCCUUUCCCAGGAUGGCCUUGCAGGCCCUACCACAUGGACCACCCUUCAUCACCAGCCAAGGGCUGUGACCACCUCCCCCUCCUCCACCAGCUCUUCCACCUACUCCAUUUGGACAACUUGAAGUUUGAAGAGGACCCUAAACUGUGACCAAUAGGCUGUGGCGAUGUGAUAUAUUGAGAAAAGUUGUCUGAUACGCGUAUUUGAAUGAAUCCUUUCCCUGACCAUUCCUGUCCCCUCUAUUUUGUGUGUCCUCUUUUCCUGUAAUAAACCCAUCAUAGUUCUG